AUGGCUCCUCUAGCUGCUCAAAAGGUUGCACCUAUCCCAGAAGAAAAUAGUGUAGCCGAAGGAAUCAAAGCUGUUUUAUUAGGACCACCAGGAUCCGGCAAAGGAACACAAGCACCCUUACUGAAAGAAAAGUAUUGUGUAUGUCACCUUUCCACUGGUGACAUGCUAAGAGCCGAGAUUCAGUCAGGCUCUACUCUUGGAGCAAAACUUAAAAAGGUUAUGGAUGAAGGAAAACUUGUUAGCGAUGAUCUUGUUGUAAAUAUGAUUGAUAAAAAUCUGGAUUCGCCAGAGUGUCGCAAUGGUUUCCUUCUCGAUGGAUUCCCAAGGACUGUUGUACAGGCAGAGAAGCUGGAUGAUCUACUUGAAAAACGCAAUACCCAGUUAGAUGCUGUGAUUGAAUUUGGAAUUGAUGACAAUUUGCUUGUUAAACGAAUUACUGGCCGUUUGAUUCACCCUCCUAGUGGUAGAUCAUAUCAUGAAGAAUUUAGACCCCCUAAAGUUUCUAUGUGUGACGAUCUUACUGGGGAACCUUUGAUUAGGAGAUCAGAUGAUAACAUUGAAGCUUUAAGAAAAAGAUUACUUACAUAUCAUUCCCAGACUAAACCACUUGUUGACUACUACCAAAUAAGAGGUAUCCAUCAUUAUGUUGAUGCAGCCCAAGCAUCUGAAACUGUAUUUAGCAAAAUAGAUUCUAUUUUUCAAAAAAGCAGAUUCAGAAAAGCAGCAAGACUUUAA